UCCGGUUCAAGGGCUAUCAACGUGGGUCCCGUGUGUUCUGUGGAGUUUGUGUGAUAAUCGGUGAAUCGCGGUUAUUAGGUGCCGUUCAGUGGGGACGAUGGGUGAGUUCCGAGUACACCGGGUCCGGUUCUUUGACUACAUGCCCAGCGCCGUCAGGACGGUGGCCUUUAACGGCAGCAGCCAGCGGCUGGCUGUGGUCCGGGAGCUCGGGGCGCUGGAGGUCUUCAACUUCAGCGACAACUACUUCCAAGAAAAGGUGAUCCCUGGACAGGACGGACGGGCUGUCGAGGCCGUCUGCUGGGUGGGUCAGCGACUCUUUGCUGCUGGUCUGAAUGGAGAGAUUCUGGAGUAUGACCUGGACAACCUAGAGUCGAGGUACAGGGUGGAGGCCUAUGGAGGACCUAUCUGGACCGUCGUCGGCAACAACCAGGGAACACUGCUCGCGGUUGGCUGUGAGGACGGGUCAGUGAAGAUGUUUGAAAUACUGGCGGACAGGAUUCAGUUUCAAAGAAACCUCGACAGGCAGAAAGGUCGUGUCAUGUGUCUGUCCUGGCAUCCGUCUGGCACGCUCAUCGCUGCUGGGAUGAUUGACAUGAUCAGAGUCUUCGAUGCUGAUUCGGGUCACGCCACGCACCGACUGCUGGUGGACAGAGGUUCGAGGGCGUCCAAGAGCAGAGACGUGGUUGUGUGGAGCGUCCUCUUUCUGUCUGACCACACCGUGGUCAGCGCAGAUUCAGCGGGGAAGGUCCAGUUCUGGGACGGACUCAUGGGAACACUCAUCCAGACUCACGUGAUAACAAACUGGGAUGUUCUGGUCCUGGCUGUUUCUCCGGAUGAGAGCAGUCUAAUAGCUGGAACAUCAGAGGGCACCGUGGUCCAGUUCCAGCUCCUCUCCUCCACUGUGGACCAGCAAGACAAGAACUGGAUCAGAACCAGGACCUUUAAAAACCACACGCAUGAUGUCCGUGCUCUGGCUCACACUGACACUGCUGUGGUUUCUGGAGGUAUGGACACCCAGCUGGUUGUGCGCCCUCUGCUGGACAAGGUGGAGAAGAACACACUUGAAUCAUCGCUGCGUAAAAUCACUUUUCCACAUAGGAGGCUGGUGUCCUGUGCCAAGAGAGCGGGGAUGUUGCUCUUUCAGUUCCCUGAUCAUCUGGAGCUGUGGCGACUGGGUGAGAGCGACGGACACGGGAAGCCUGGUGAGUGCCUCCACGUGAAGAGGAAGCCAGAGAAGGUGAUGGAGCUGAAGAGGAAGGGAAAGGAUCAUAUCUGCUGCAGCGCUCUGUCUCCGUGUGGAGGCUGGCUGGCGUAUUCCACCGUCUCCAGCGUUCGUCUUUACAGGUUACAGUUCAACAACAACGACAUCAGCAUCACCAGGGUGUCCAAGCUGCCAAAAGUCCUUUGCAAAACCAAUCAGCUCUGCUUCUCUUCAGAUUCCUCCAAACUCUAUGCUUCAUCCAUGAAUUCAUCAGUCAUAGUGGUUGUCCUUAAUACGUUUGAGUGCAAAUACCUUCACACCCUCAAACCCAAGUCAGGCAGCAGGCAGCGCGCCCACCUGCUCUGUACCAGUGAUGAUGGGAAAUGGCUCGCCGCCGCCAACACGGACUGUGAGAUCCACAUCUACAAUCUUCACACUCUAAAGUUCCAUUGCAGAGUUCCAGUGUGCAGUUCCUGCCCUACUGCCAUCGGCAUCCACCCGACGACAGGCAGCCUCGUCAUCGUGCACGCUGAUAGACAGAUCUUCGAGUACUCGCUGGCUCAGAAGGAGUACACCGCGUGGAGCCGAAAGCUGCAGAAACAAGGACUGCACCGCCUGUGGCUGGAGAGGGACACGCCCGUCACCCACAUCGCCUUCAGUCCAAAAAACCCAGCCCACAUCAUUCUGCACGACACCUACAUGUUCUGCGUGCUGGAUCAGAGUCUGCCUCUUCCUGGACCUACGAGCCUGUUCUACAACCAGCUGACACUCCAGAGUCUGCCCGAGUCUGAGCGGGUCACACAGAGCCACGCCUUCAAGAUCUGCAAGAACUUCCAGGACCUGAUGUAUGUCUGCUUACUGGAGGACCUGUCUCUGGUUGUAAUAGAGCGCCCCCUACUGGACAUCCGCUCUCAGCUGCCUGCACCUGUCCGGCAGAAGAAGUUUGCCACGUGAAGGUUUUGCUCCUGGUUUCCUGACGACAGCGUCUUUGUGACGUUGAACUACAGACUCUUCUGGUGCCCUGAGAACCUGAACCCACAGUGUUUUUACUCAUUUAUUCAAAAAGAACCAAAAAUAAA